UCCUAGAUGCCCCGUGCCAAGUCCCACCGGCGGGCCCAGGCCCAGAAGCGGAGGAUGGCGCAGCCGCAGCCAUGGACCCCCCAGCCGCCUGUCCCCGAGUUCGUUGCUCGGCGCGGUACAGGGUACCGCCAUCGCGUGCGGAGAUGGCCGACUUCGAAGCUGACCCAGCGGAGCUUCAAGUUGGUCACUCCUGCCCUGCAGCCGGACCAGAAGAUGGUGUUCGUCGUGGGAGACUCCCACCUGCGGGCCCUGGUGGAUGGGAUCGUCGCGAUGCCGGAGGUACCUCUGUGUUUUUCUUUUCUCUCUGUUCCAGGUGCGCAUGCAGCAGAGCUGAGGACGGAGGUGUCCCACGCCGCUCUCCCCUGGACCCCGGACGUGGUGUGUGUGCUCGCCCCGAGCAACAACCUGACAGCCAGCAGGAACAUCGGAGAGGCGUCGCUGGACUUCGGUGCUCUCCUGGCUACAGUCUGCAACCGCUGGGCGAAGGUGUUCGUGCUGGACUUCCCUCCACGCUUGAACAUCGAGCCUGGCCUGCAGGAGCUGUUCCGCCAGGAGUUCCGCCGUGUCGCAGCACGCAUGGGUCUCCCAUACGUGUCUGUGGCAGAGCACCUCCCUCUGGACCGUUUGGAGCGUGCACCUCAGCGACAGCGACGGAACGCCGAUCCUCGUCCAGGCCCUGUGGGACGCCGCGGUCCGCCAGCUGACUCCUCCUCCUCCUCCUCCUCCCUCGGUGCCCCCCGGACAUCGCCUCGUGCCAGGGUCUCCCCCGUGCUGGUUGUGACAGGACACAGCCCCGCGCCCCGUCACCGCGACCCACUGGAGUGGACCGUCGUCGGACAGGAGGGCAAGAUUCGAGCAUCUCCGGUGCAAGAGUCUGUCCUCCCGUCCAACCCCGUCUGGUUCAGCGGCGACAUCCUGGAUGCCAUGGAGAGGGUUUCGCCAUCCUCGGACAGCGACGUCACUGCCCUUCUGCCAGCUGGCCAGGUCAUCAUGCUGCUGGUGGUUGUGUGGCUCAGACUUCCCGUGUGA